AUGCCCUCCCACGACGGCGGCAUGUCCUACCCGGGCGUCCUCCUCCUCUCCGUCACGGGCAUCUUCACGUUCCUCGCCGUCGUGGCCGCGGCCGUCUAUUUCGCCGGCUACGCCGACGACGUCGCCGAGUGGUGGGCCAAGCGGUAUUACAAGGCCAAGGCCGUCGCCGAGGUCAAGCUGAUGGAGAACGUGGGCGAGGAGAAGGUGCAAGGCAUGGUUAAAGCUGACGUCCCGGUGCUCUCUCGCGGGGAAAAAGACUCGUUGAAGAAGAACCCCGUCAUGGGCGAGGACGAACUCGAACAGGUCUCGGGUGGCUUGGGCCAGGAGGCGGUCAAAGAGGGCCUCGGCGGCGUCAGUGGCAAGCUGGGAGGCUUGGGGAAGUUGUGA